AUGGGGAGCAGGAGCGUGCUCGCGCUGCUGCUCUGCUUCAUCUCUGUCGCGGCCUCUGCCUUCGGGAGGCAGCUGGUCGGCAGGAAGGCCGGGGAGGAGGUCUUGUGGCCUACCAAAGGUGGCGGCUUUGGCAAGGGCCUCGGCGGAGGAGGAGGUUUUGGUGGCGGAUAUGGCCUUGGAGGGGGUGCCGGUGGUGGACUUGGCGGAGGAGGAGGGCUUGGUGAUGGUUAUGGCAAAGGAGGUGGACUUGGAGGCGGCAUUGGAAAGGGUGGAGGGCUCGGCGGCGGCGGCGGCGGUUUUGGAGGUGGCGGUGGCCUUGGAGGGGGUGGCGGUGGUGGACUUGGUGGUGGGUUUGGAAAGGGAGGUGGACUUGGUGGCGGCAUCGGAAAGGGUGGUGGGCUGGGCGGUGGUGCCGGUGUUGGGUUAGGAGGGGGCGCCGGUGACGGACUUGGUGGAGGCGGAGGGCUUGGCGGCGGUUACGGCAAGGGAGGUGGACUUGGUGGUGGCAUUGGGAAAGGAGGUGGGUUCGGCGGCGGUGCAGGUGGCGGCUUCGGCAAGGGUGAAGGCGGUGGACCUGGCGGUGGUUACGGCAAAGGAAGUGGGCUUGGUGGCGGCAUUGGAAAGGGAGGUGGAUUUGGCCCCGGAGCCAGUGGUGGCUUUGGCAAGGGCGGUGGGCUCGGUGGCGGCAUAGGGAAAGGAGGUGGAUUUGGCGGCGGCGCCGGCGGAGGUGGCUUUGGAGGGGGAGCUGGAGGCGGUUUUGGCAAGGGUGGCGGUGUCGGAGGUGGGUUUGGUGGUGGCGCCGGCGGAGGAUUAGUAGGUGGCUUGGGAGGGGGCGCUGGAGGCGGUUAUGGCAAGCGUGGCGUUGGGGGAGGCGGAUUCGGAGGUGCUGGAGGCUUUGAAGGAGGAGGCGGUGGGUUCGGUGGUGGAAUUGGCAGUGGACAGUGGACACUGAGCGAAUCAAGCACGCUGAACGAAUGUCGUGAUUGUUACGUACCCAUGCAGCCUUAA